AUGUCGAACAAACGUAAACAUUCUCCAAUUGCAUGCACUAACUGCCGUAUUCUUCAUAAAAAGUGCUGUGGUAAUCCCUGUAGUCUCUGUGAAAAGAACAGUACCCAGUGUAAAUUUAUUAAAGGAAAGAAGCGUGGCCCAAACAAAGGUUCCCGUAAACAUCCGCAAAAGAUGAUCAGAAAUACUAUUCAACGAAAACCGCUCGAAACUGAUAAUAACACUACUCAGCAACCAACCUUGACAACCAACUAUAUGCAGCAAAAUCCUGAUAGUUUUUGUCAUAGUGACUACAACCACUCUCAGCAAAUCUCACAAAUCUCUCCUAAUAAUAUCCACAACAAUAUGCCGCAAACCAAUGUACAAACCAAUUCGACCAACUUCGAUAUCUACGAUGGCAACCAUUAUUUAACACAAAAAUUCACUGACAUCAAUAACCCCCACAUUCAACCAACUUUGACUGAUGAUUUCUACCAUCUCGAUCACGCUCAACAAAACUUCCAUUCUUCAUCUCACCUCAACUACUACCAUACUCGACAAAGUUUAGUUAAUAUCCAUAAAAGUUCAGUUGGCAACCACUAUACCUGGAAAAAUUCAAACCAAAUAUUUUGUAACCAAAUUCUAUAUGGUGAUAAUCCUUAUAAUGAUCGAAAACAAGAUGAUCGAAAACAAGAUAAUUUGCUAGUUCAUGAUGCUUCUUACAGUUUUGAAUCACCAACUAAUACCGAGUUUUACACUGACUCAAUUGGCAAUUAA